AUGGAGUAUCUUAAGCAGAGACAAAUCGCUCUAGAGCUACAAAAGGAAACUGAGCAAAAAAUACUUGAAGAAAAUGCAUGGCGUCGUAAUCAACAAUUACUAUCAGAAGCAGAAACGCAGCGGCGAAUGAUGAUAAAAACUGAAGAAGAUAAGCUACUAAAUCAGAAAUCAAGACUACAAGCAAUGAAGCGAGAACUUGUAAUGAAAGAAUUACAAUUGCUAGAUGCUGCUAGACGUAACGUUCUUCACGAUGACAAAGUACAAAAAGAAAACGAAGUUAAAAGAUUAGAUGAAGAAUUGGAGAGAAUAUCCAAACGAAGAGAAGAAGAAACAAGAAGUGCACUAGCGGAGAUGGAAUUAAAAGCAUUAGAGCUGCGUGUACAAAAAGAAAUGUUUACACAGGAAUUGGCACGUGAACAAUCGAAAAAUGUCUUACAUUCUAAAGCUGAUUUAGAUGCUAGAAGAAAUCAAGUAGAAAUUAAAGACUAUCUCGUUGAAAGAGAACGGCAGAAGAUCGAAAAUGACUUAAAUGAGAGACGAAAGCUUUCUCACCAAGCAAAACUAAAUAAAGUUGAAGAUGAUGAGGUGGAAGCAAUUAUGAAAAUGAUUGAAAAGGAUUCGAAAAACACCACUGAGAAGUAUCAAGAAGAGUUACUAAAAUUGAAUAAACCAUUGGAAGCUAAAAUUUUACGAAAAUAUAAAGAAGAUAACGAUAAAGAAAGAGAAGAAGUAACUAACGUAGGGAAUGUACGUCAUUCCGUUAAUCCACUAAUUGCAACUACUGAUGAAAGAUUUUUGAUAAGUCGAGGUGGUUCAGACUUGCCCACUGAGCAUCAUGUUAUACCAGAUUUUGAGCAAAGAAAAAAAUUUGAAAGGCAAGAAGUAGCUUUACUAUCUGAUGUAAACAAGCUAAGGAGUAAAAUUGCUGCCUCAAAUCGACAAUUUUCAAAAGAAUCUGAUGAUAGUGGUUCGAGAUAA